CGCAUAUCCCAGCAUUGCUACAUUAAAUCUGGCCCCUGCACUGCCUGCGACUCGCCGAGAGACGGCAGCUCUCUACCUGCUACGGAUUGGCUGAGUGUGCGCACAUUUUAUUGCGGCUUGUCAGCGCAUCUUUCUCAGUCAUCAACACCGGAUGGGAGGAGAGGAGGAGGAUAGAUGUGUUCGAGUAGGAAGGAGAGAAAGAAAGAGAAAGACAAGGGGUGGGGGAACGUGGAGAAAUGAAGAAAUAAAGGUGCAGCUUAAUCUACCGAGACAAUCAAGCGAGGGGGGGUUUCUUUCUCUAACACCACAGGGUUUUGCACUUUAUUCCAAGCAGAGCGACUAUUAAGGGAUCUUACACCGCUCCUGCACAGGUUACACGCCUUUGGGCAUCAUCGCCGAUGAAGGAUGGUAGGCACGAUUAUUAUAGGAUAAAUUCACCACAAAAGUGUUCUUAGAAUCCACAGUGAAGGAAGAGGGGGAGGCAAACUAUGAUCCGAGGAUGAUUUCUGCCAAGAAAACUCCGGAGAAGAGUCGUUAUCCUCUCCACUAUCUCGUGUGGCACAACAAACACCGUCAGCUGGAGAAGGAGCUGGCAACGAACGAGCAGACGGAUUUAGAAUCUCUGGACCCCCGUGGUCGGACUCCUCUCCACCUGGCUGUCACUCUGGGUCACCUUGACUGUGCCAGGGUUCUGCUGCAGCAUGGCGCUGAUGUUAGCAAGGAGAACCACAAUGGAUGGACCGUUCUUCAGGAGGCAGUGAGUACUAGAGACCCGGAGCUGGUGCGUCUCGUGCUUCGUUACCGUGACUACCAGAGGACUGCCAAGAGGCUGGCGGGCAUUCCUGUCCUUCUGGAGCGACUACGCCAAGCCCAAGACUUCUACGUGGAGAUGAAAUGGGAGUUUACAAGCUGGGUUCCCCUGGUGUCUCGUAUCUGCCCCAGUGACACCUACAGAGUUUGGAAGAGUGGUCAGUGUCUCCGUGUGGACACCACCCUGACGGGCUUUGAACAGAUGACCUGGCAGAGAGGCAACAGGAGCUUCAUAUUCAGAGGACAAGACUCCAGUGCAGAAGUGAUGGAGGUCGACCACGACAGGCAGCUGGUGUUCUGCGAGACCUUGUGCGUCUCCUCUCUCACGGCGCUCUCACCUGGCAGAGGAAAAGGCGACGCUUGCAGCAGCUCUGCAGCAGCGUUGGGUCUUCUGGGACCGAUGCAGCCCAGCGACGAGCAGGUUGCAGCCAGACUGUCUGCCCCAGUUGUGACCACUCAGCUGGACACUCGCAACAUUGCCUUUGAAAGGAAUAAAACCGGCAUCCUGGGCUGGAGGAGCGAGAAGACGGAGAUGGUGAAUGGAUAUGAAGCCAAGGUGUAUGCAGCGUCUAAUGUUGAGCUGAUCACCAGGACCAGAACUGACCAUCUGACAGAUCAGAACAAGAAUAAGACAAAAGGUGGGAAGACCCCACUGCAGAACUUUUUUGGGAUUGCUGAGCAGCACAUGGGGCCGAACAAUGGGGUGAGGAGACAAUAUACAGCUCUGGUGACCCAGAUGUCGUCUCCUGCGGUGACGAACCCUGCAGCGCUGACGGCUGAAGAGUACUUCAACCCCACCUCGGCUCCGACUCUGAGAGACAUCGGCCACCCUUGCCAGCUCACCACCAAGACCCAAAGGUUUAAAGCCAAGUUGUGGCUGUGUGAGUCCCAUCCUCUAUCCCUGGCAGAACAAGUGGUGCCUAUCAUCGAUCUCAUGGCCAUCUCGAACGCUCUGUUCGCUAAGCUGCGUGACUUCAUCACUCUGCGGUUGCCGCCUGGCUUCCCCGUCAAGAUCGAAAUCCCCUUGUACCACAUCCUGAACGCUAGGAUUACCUUCAGCAACCUGAACGGCUGUGAGGAGGGAACCGUCCUCCGCGCUGACAACGAAAUCGGGGUGGAAGGGGACGGACAGAGAGACACCCCGAGGACAGACACCCCGUCUCCAGGCAGCGACUCCUCCAGCGUCUCCAGCUCUAGCUCCACCAUGUCAUGUCGAGCUGGAGAGAUUCCCCCGUGUGUGUUCGAGCCCCCGCCUGGAUACACUAUGCUAGGAGGCAAACAAAGAGACAGCAUGAGGGAGGAGGAGGAAGACCUGCUGCAGUUCGCCAUACAACAGAGUCUGCUGGAGGCCGGAUCUGAAUAUGAUCAGGUGACCAUCUGGGAGGCGCUGACCAAUAGCAAGCCAGGAGCACACCCCCUGUCCUGUGACCCCAGCCGACUGGAUAGGACUCCCCAGCACAAGCCCCACCCCCCCUCCAGCCUCUGCUCCACUCCCUCCAAGAAGCAGCCGCCAGCCUGCAGCUACGACGAGCAGCUCCGCAUCGCCAUGGAGAUCUCAGCGCGGGAGCAGGAGGAGGCGGACCGGCGGCGGCGGCGGGAGGAGGAGGAGCUGCAGUGCAUCAUCCAGCUGUCGCUCAUGGAGAAAUGAGAGCAAGCGUCCCAGCAGGCAGGGCUGCAGGAGGGAACGGGUCUGGAUAGAGGUCACAUGGGAGAAAAGAACAAAGCUGGCUUCUUUAAAAUUUUAAGCACAAUCUUUAAGUGGCUGGAAUGAAAACCCAAAUCAUCUUAGUGUUUUGUUUUUUUUAACUAUAAUUGCCUCUUUCUCUCUUCUCUCACCACCCUUGCCAGACCUUUCCCAUGAAGCCAUAUGAUAACAAGGCUAUCCGACCUUUAUACAGCCAGGAGUUUCCUGUCUGUGGUGCCACACGGUACUCCCUCAACCAGUGCCAGUUUACAACCAACAGUACACACCUAAUACAAGUUUAGUGGUUUGCCUCUGUGGAUGAGUGAUUUCUGACUGUUUGCAGGUGUGUGUGAGUGUUUCAAAACCAGCUCUUUGCACCAGGUCAACGGGUCUGUCCAGAAAGUGCGUUAGGCCAACUUCCUGCUUCAGCACUAUAAUCACACUCACUGAGCCCCUCUGCCACCCUCAUGUGUGAAAGGAGCCAGCGGAGCUGAGAGCUCUCUUCAUUAAAGUUGAGAUGAAUGUUGACAAACCAUCAGACUUCCUCAUUUUUUAAAUGAAAGAUUUUAAAUAACAGACAGCUACUUUUAUUUUUUAUUUAUUUUCUUUCUUUUAAUUUGCACAAAAAAAUCCAGAUGUACUGUACUUAGCUUGUGGGUGGAUCACAUAUAUGACUGUUAAUGGAUGUUGUUGAUGAGCUUGAGCACAAAGUGAAGUCAGGCUAGUUCUAGUUUUAGUGAUUUAUGAAGAGAUUGCUGAGUGAACAUGAACUGUACUGUUUGCAAGUGAGAUGUUAUGUUAUGAAACUAUUAAAGGGAAAAUGCUUGUGCUCUUUAGGUAGAUUGUGGAAUAGAGAUGUUACUGAAAGUGAUUUGCAUCUACUCACCUUACAUGAAGGGAUUCUGUGUUUUUCUGCUCAGUCACAUUACAUUAUGUAAAAAAUAUUUCAGCAUGGUGUGCACCUGUGUGGGGUUCAUUUUUACCUGACUCAACUCCUUCCUGGUGUUUCCGAGCGCGCUCCCUGAGGGGUCGUAAACAAGUAAUAGCACCUUUGUUUUGCAGCACAACUGCAGAUUAAAAUUGCCCCGUAAACAUAAUUGUAAGUAACUUAAUGUUACAGCCAAACCAGGAGAAUGUGAAGAAUGUUUUUUUUUUUUUAUUUAUUUCUUUAAAAGACAUGUUGAACUUUCACACUUCAAUAUCAGCACAAACCAAGGAGAUCCACUUAUAUCUCUGAUGUAAUUCGUUGUGAAGCUUGACUGGUUGAUUUAAUUUGUCUUUUUACUUUUUAAAAAAUGUACCAAAAAGAAUAAAUGCAUCCAGAUGUUUUCAUGAUAAAUGCUGGAAAAUGUAUUCCAAUGAUUCAAAUAAAGAAACAUCUUUUGGAA